AUAUUUUCCACUUUUGUUCGCCACUUUUAGCGAAUUUCUCAAUUUAUGUGUGUGUUAAGAGGAAAAUCGAAACGAAUUUUAUGGCUGCUGUAAAAUCUUCGUAGAGUUAGCACAUGAGCUUUGCUGAAGCCACAUCUUGAUAGUUGACAUUAUUUUGCACAAGGAGGGGUAGUAGCAAUAUUUAUUGAAGCGGUGGAGGAGCUGAAGCAGCACCAGCCGCGAAGGCAGGAACGACUUUUAUAUAAACGGCAGCGAUCUAAUAUUAUGGAUCACAAGAAAUCUCCAGUAAGAAGACAGAAGCGACAAUCCAAAGCGAUCGAGGAGAAUUUCUGGGACUGCAGCGUCUGUACGUACAGGAAUACAGCUGAGGCAUUUAAAUGCCGUAUGUGCGACGUGCGGAAAGGAACUUCCACACGUAAGCCACGACUAAACUCAGCACUCGUCGCGCAACAAGCUGCCACCUUACCCGGCGCAUCAGGCACCAUGCCAAACGGUACGAAAUCCGCCUCGGGCUCACGGCACGGUGCUGGUCAUGAUAAGAACAAGCAUAAAAAGUACCCGGCCCGUUUGAAGAACGUCGAUCGCUCGACGGCACAAACGCGCGAAGUCACUGUGAACUCGGUGACAGUGUUCAUUACCGAAUAUAAACCCAAACCGGUGGGCAGCCGACGCGAGUCCAGUGAACAAAGCUUUAGCGAAAGCAAUGACUCACGGAGUUAAAUUUUGUACGCGAUCACACCGAAACGGCAAACAAUUAAAUUCAAAUAGUAAAGAUAACAUAUAAUUCAAUAAGUUUAUGAGGAUUGACACAGUAAUUGUAACUAGGACAAACACGGUUUUAGCUAAUCAAGGAUAUAUACACAAAUAUUUGUAGGAUAGUAUGUGGAGUUUUUUGUAAAAGCGGUUGCGGGUGCAUAUCGUUGCUGGGCACAUUUAGCCACUAUUGGCACGUGCCGGAAAGUCGGGUACAGUUCUGUUUGUUGUAGCAUUUUGUACGCCAACAAAUUUCGUUUGAUUAUUUGCUAACGCAGCAUAUAAAACAAUUGCUGUAGCACAGACUAUGAGGGUUAACCUCUACUAAUAUGCGCGUAAUUCUGUGCAGCAACACUGCCUUCAGUUCUCAGACUAGAAGUUAUAGCCAAGACAUUUUUACACACUCAAAUAGUAAUGUCCUUAAAUAAAUAAUGUUAAAAGCAAACAACAAAAUAACAACACAAUGAGAAAAUAGCGAUUAAGCACAGCGACCAAUACAUGAAUACAAAAAAAAAAAAAUAAUAAUAAUAGUAAACCAACAACACAACCACAAGAAGUUUAAACUACUCAUCAACUUCCAAUUAACUGCACUUUUGCACUUCUUACAGAAAAUAAAAUUACUCGUUGUCUAUAUGUUUGCAAUUCCAAGUGUAUUACAAUGUAUAUGUUAUUGAGAAUAAGCCACAAAGCUUUGUUACUACUGUUUUUUGUUUAUAUUUUAACUGUAUUAUUGUAAAGUUAGUGUUAGUUUCUAAAUAAUCGAAAUUCUAUAAGAUAAAAACGAAUAUUCCACAAGCGUAUUUUAAUUUGUUUAGUAUUUAGUUCACAAACCUGUGAAAAAUCAAUGUAAAUUCUUAUGCAUAAGUAAAUGAUCUAACAAUUAUGUAAAACUAAGUCGUUGAAGCACAGCUAAACUAAGCAGUUAUCAGAGUCCUUGUGCAUAUUUGUGCGACUAUUGUAAAUAAUAUAAGCAUAUACUAUAUUUGUUUAAUUAUAUUGUAAUAAUUAAGUUGUAAUUAAUGUUGAAAUUUAAAAAUCAUCGACUAUGUGCAAAAGCUGAGAAACUUGACUAUUUGUUAAACGGAUACAUUGUGUUUCCAAUGGAACAAAUAAUUUCAAUUAUUUAUAUUUCAAAUAACAUAAAUGCCGUACGUUAACGUCAACGUGAAAAAUUAAUAAAAUUUAGUUUAAAUUUAGUUAAUAUAAAAUCAAAAUAAGUUUACAAUAAUUUAUCCGAAAUAAAAUAGUUGCCAUUUGAUACUGAAAAUUUUUCGAAAAUGAAAGAUAAAAUAUUAAAAAAUGUUGUAAUUGUUCAAAUUUCACAAAAUUCAAUUUUAAUUGUUCAAAAGUAGUUUUUUCAACUUCCGUGAGUUUAAACGAUCUGUCUAAAAUUUAACAAUACUUAAAAAUCUACAGCCAAAUAAAUAAAUUCGCUUACUGAGUUUUCACAUACUUCAACAACAACAGUUUGGAAAUGGCCAGCUGAUUCUUUUUAACUUGUCUUCGGCGCUUGCCAUUUGCAAACAUAAAUAUAUACAUAUAUACAACCAUACAUGCAUGUGCGUUCAUUUAGAAGCACUCGAACAAAGCGUAAUUAGCGAGCUAAUUGAGAAAUAGCGUAAAUAUUUUCGUUUACAUAAAAAAGACUGAUUAUUCAUAUGUAAUGCAAAUGUGAAUACUUAAGUUUUCCAUUUAAGGCAUUGUUAUGUAAGCUAUAUGCGUCGAGCUCCUUAGCGGAUUCUUAUUUGUAGGAUCAUAAAAUUAAAAAUUAAGUUUAAAAUGUUUGAAAAUGUGCGAUUUUAUAAAUUUUGUAUUAAAUCUUAUUAGUAUUAUUUCGUCACAGUGAUUGCAAAGCGAAUACAUGUUAAAUAUAUUUUAUUAAUACAUGCAUAAUAUAUACUUUAAAAAAAUUGUAACUAUUUUUUUUCUAUUUAAACAAUUAUCCCUUUAAAUAGGCGUUAAGUUGCUAGCAUUUAAGUUGACUAUUUUCAUUUGUAGCCGAUAAUUUGUUUAACAAGCACUUGCUGUACGUGUAAGAGCAUAUGUAUGCGCGCGUGCGUAAAUAAAUUCGUUUUUUAGUUGAAAA